AUGUCUUGUCUGGUUCUAGUGGUUCCAUGUCCCGUUCGGAAGCGGAGGAAUCCGUCGACCGAUCCCAAGCGGUCGACCAGCGGACAGGUCCUCGACCGAUUCCUGAACCGCUUCCGCCUGUCGGAGGCAGAUACCCAGCUGGUGCGGUCUGGAGAUAAGCCUUUGGAUGAUGACUUCUUCUCCGCCUUCGAGCGCCUGGAGCAGGUACGAGCGAAUGCUAGACACAUGCUCAGCACCAGCGGUCAGCAGACCUCAGGAGUGGACAUUCUGCAUGAGACCUCUGAAAUUCUCGAGGCAUCCUAUGAGCGCAUGUUUGUUUGGGUCCAACAACAGUGCCGCGGACCACGAGACGCAGCAGUGGCUAAGAGCACGUCUGCAGAGUUGGACACUCCUGCAGGGAACGUCCUGAAGCGAGUCUUGAAGCUGCUACGCGAAAGACCUGUCUACUUCAACCAUUGUCUUCGCGACAUUGCACGCGUGAGGAAGCAGGCACUGCAGCAGCGCUUUCUGGAGGCCUUGAGCCAGGGCGAUGCCUUGGGUGCACGGCCCAUUGAGCUACAGGCUGCAGAUCCGGUGCGCUUCGUUGGUGAGAUGUUUGCCUGGCUUUUGGAGCACGUAGUGAUCGAGAAGGAAGCGCUGGGCAGCCUUAUCAGCAAGGAUUCACACCUAUCUUGGCACGAAGAUGAAUCACCUAUUUGCAAGCACGCUUCAAGGAUGACCAUGGUUAGCUUUGACGAGAUGUUUGACAUUGCUUUGGAUGGUGUGGCUGCAACUUUGGUUGCCAAAACCAAGCAAUCGCUGCAAGCUAAUACCAGCUCGUUGAUGCAUGGUCCUUCAGCGUCCAGCCCUGCCAUAGUCACUGUGUACAAGGUCGCCCAGGUCUUUUCCUUCUAUGCGAAGACCUUGGAGGAGUUGCUUCGAAAGGAAGCACAGCUGGUGGUGACAUGCGUCGAUUUGCAUGCUCGCACCUACCAAGAGUUCUUGGACCUUUGGGAGGCGCAAGCGCAGAAACUGCGCCAGGGAGUUGCGUCGGUGUAUGUCGCAGCUCUGUCAGCACCCUCGUUUGUGGUGGAGGCUGCCAACACAUUGCAAGAGGUGCUCUCCAUCUAUGAGAUGGCACCAGUGCCAGCGGGUGAGCGUGAAGCCGACUUCCUUCCGGUCUUGUCUGCAGCUUUUGACCCCUUGUUGAACCAUUGCCAACAGGUUGCAUCGAUGAUGGAUAGCACCGAUGGCCAGGUGUUCUUGAUGAAUUGCGUCUCCGUGAUGCAAACUCCAUUGCGGAAGCAUGAGUUUACCAAGCAGCGCCAGGAGAUGUACAACGCCUUUGUUCAAGAUCAGUUAAGUAAAUUUGUGGAAGGACAGGCCAAAGCAGUCUUGUCCAAAGUGGGUCUUUCUGAACGCCUCAAAGCACUUCGAGAGAAGCCUCCGGAUCUGCCACUGAGCGGCGUGCCAGAGCUACAUCCGGUCUCUCUUGCUGCAACCCUCAGAUCAUUCUACAACUCCUUAUUUACUCUAGGAGGAGCUUUGUCCCUUCCUCUCCUUGAGCGGAUUGAGGACAGCAAUCUGAGACAUCAAGCACGUGGAGGGGUGGCGAAGCUCAUUGCUUCCUCCUACGAAGAGUUGUACAAUGGGAUUGUGGACUUGGGCAUCACGACUCACACGCCGGACCAGGUUCGAACCUUGCUUGAAGGAGUCUGA